CCCCCGGGAGGUCACGUAGCGUGUCGCGUCUCCUGACGCCGUCGAUGGGCGGGUCAUCAACAACAGCUUCGCUGUGUGGAGGUAGUGUAGUAACGUUGCAGGCACGGAGCUGGAGUGUUGUUUUCAAUUAGCCCCAAGACACCAGCACCGACCGGAGGGCAGCAGGGCCUUGUGGAUAAGAUGGCGGAUGUAGGGAGCGAUGAAACGCGGUCGGCUCUCCCUUCGGCAUCCCAUAACGGCCCUGCGGUCGCCUUGUCUCCGGGCACCGCGGGCCUCAGCCCGACUACGGUGACGUCCGGUCCGCGGGUGGUGCGGAUUGUCAAGUCCGAGUCCGGCUACGGUUUCAACGUCCGCGGCCAGGUUAGCGAGGGAGGGCAGCUGCGAAGCAUCAACGGGGAACUGUACGCUCCUCUCCAGCAUGUCAGCGCCGUUCUGCCCGGAGGGGCUGCGGACCGAGCGGGCAUAGCGAAGGGUGACCGGAUCCUGGAGGUCAACGGGGUGAGCGUGGAGGGCGCCACCCACAAGCAGGUGGUGGAUCUGAUCCGUGCCGGGGAGAAGGAGCUCGUCUUGGCGGUGCUAUCGGUGCCGCCGCAGGAAGCCGACGGUCUGGAGGGAGGCGAGGACGUCCAGCCCAACUACGACUAUAGCGACAAGCAGGCCGUGCCCAUCUCCAUCCCCACGUACAAACACGUCGAGCAGCACUCCGAGAGGUUUGUGGUAUACAACGUGUACAUGUCGGGCAGACAGCUGUGCUCCAAGCGCUACCGGGAAUUCGCCAUCCUCCACCAGAACCUGAAGCGGGAGUUUUCCAACUUCAACUUCCCCAAGCUCCCCGGGAAGUGGCCCUUCUCGCUGUCCGAGCAGCAGCUGGACGCUCGGCGCAGAGGACUGGAGGAGUACCUGGAGAGAGUGUGUUCUGUCCGCGUGAUCGGCGAGAGCGACAUCAUGCAGGAGUUUCUCUCUGAAUCGGAUGAGAAUUACAACGGCGUGACGGAUGUGGAGCUGCGGGUGGCGCUGCCAGACAAAACCACCAUCUCCGUUAGAGUGCGCAAGAACAGCACCACAGAUCAAGUUUAUCAGGCGUUGGUAGUGAAGGUGGGGAUGGACAGUAUUAUGGCCAGCUACUUUGCCCUGUUUGAAGUCAUCAACCACUCAUUUGUGCGGAAGCUGGCGCCUAACGAGUUCCCACACAAGCUUUACGUGCAGAACUACACGUCGGCCGUACCGGGCACUUGCCUGGCGCUCCGCAAAUGGCUCUUCAGCUUCCAGGAGGAGGAGUUGCUCCGAGACAACCCGCUGGCUCUGCACUACUGCUUUCACCAGGCGCUGGAUGAUGUGAAGAAGGGAUUCAUAAAAACAGAGGACAAAUCCUACCAGCUGCAGAAGCUGGCAGAGCAGCGCAAGAUGGCCACGUACCUGAGCCAGCUGCGCUCCUGCGAGGGCUACAACGAGGUGGUUUUCCCCCACUGCUCGUGCGACUCCAGGAGGAAGGGCCACGUCAUCACGGCCAUCAGCAUCCAUCACUUCAAGCUGCACGCUUGCACCGAGGACGGCACGCUGGAGAACCAGGUGAUCGCGUUUGAGUGGGGGGAAAUGCAGCGCUGGGACACGGACGAGGAGGGCAUGGCCUUCUGCUUCGAGUACGCCCGAGGAGAGAAGAAGCCACGCUGGGUCAAGAUUUUCACUCCAUAUUUCAACUACAUGCAUGAGUGCUUUGAGCGAGUCUUCUGCGAGCUGAAGUGGAGGAAGCAGGUGGAGGACGAGGCUUCCGAUAAAGACAACAAAAACUGCAGCAACAACGAGUAUCUGCCGCCUCUGGAGACUCAGCAGAAGGGAUGGCGCCACCUAGGGGGGGAGAUUGCCACUUCCUAAAAAAAGGAAGAAAAAAAAAAACGAACUGUUUUUGAACUAGAACUGAUCACCUCGCAUCGUCACACCCACACCCCCCGAGAACAUGCCCCUCCAUUGACCACACCGGGACUCGAGGGACACAAGGACGCGGGUCACGCUCCCCCCUCCCCCUGAAAAGCUCAAACUUGGAUGGAUCCCUUUUGGGGAAUUUGGAAUAGUCUGACAUGAAAACAAAACCCAGGGAUACACGCCUAGGCGAGCCAUGAAGGGAAAGUGGGCUAACAUUUCAUCCAGCAGGUCUCCAUAGUGUGUCUGUGAUAUGCUUCCCCCCC